CGCUGCGGCCCCACAUGGUGCCCGAUCAGGCAACACCUCUGCUGCUGCUGCGGCGGCCUUGCAGCUGCCGGCUGCACCGCCGCAGCGGCAGCCGGAACAUCGCAAGAAACGGCGUCGCGUGGAAGAUAGCAGUAGCAGUAGCAGCGAGUCGGAGGAGCGCAGUAGCAGUUCAACUUCGACUUCGUCCUCCUCCUCGGAAUCCUCUUCUGAUGACAGUAGUACCAGCGACAGCAGCAGCAGCAGUGGCCAGACGAGCAGCAGCCACGACAGCAGUGACAGCGGCAGCGACCGAGGCGGCAGCGGUCGUCACCAUCACACGCGGCGGCGCCGAAAGCGGCGGCGAUCGUGUUCCCCUUCCAGCGAGCCUCGACGCCACCGCAGCACCAGCAGCAGGCGUCGCCGCAGCGACAAGCACAAAAAGCAGCGAAAAUCUAGCAGCAGAAGCCGCAGCCGUAAGUCCGACAGCAAGUCCAAACACAGGAAAAAGACGACGAGGGAUGAGGACCGAGGCCAAUCCAAACGCAGUCGCCGAGGUGCCGAUCGUCUGGGGUUGCCGAGCAGUACCGCACUUGCUGCUGCUGGGAACGGAGGCGGAGGCGGGGGUUCCAAGUCGCUCGAGCAGCUGCGGGCGGAGCGGCUGCUUCGCGAGAAGGAGGAGCGCAUGAAGCAGCGGCAACUCAUCCAGGGCGCUGCCAACACGCUGCUGCCGGACGGGUUGCCGGAGAAGGGCUACCACAGCGCCUUCGGGCACGCGGCCGCACUGAAGCGCCGGCGGACGCAGUGAGAACGGGUGUGGGCAAAACAUGUACGACACAACAGCACACGGCAGACGACACCUCUUUAUGACGUUUCACAGCAUUUAUGCUUGCUUGGAUUGGAUCUGGAGCUG